AUGUACUGGAUUCACUUGUAAAAUUUAUUAAUUAUAUAUAAUAGAUGGAUGAUCUAAAUAAAGAGAGUAACUCAUUAUAAUAGCAUCGCUCUAUAUAAAUGGUUAAUUUUAAUAAUCUACCAAGUCAUUAAAGCAUUUUGUCGGCAUCCCUUCAAAAAAUAAGAAAUUCUUUUUUUUAAUUUGAAUAUUAAGGAUUUAUCAUAUAAUUCUUUUUAUAGCUUUGAGUAUAUAGAGUACUCAGUUAAAAAAUACUUUUUGGAUCAACUACCUUUCCUUUAUUUGAUGAAAAAUCUCUAAUUAAAAGAAGUUAAAAUCAACUUCCCUAUUUUGGCCUAGUACUUAACCAGAUAUUAGUUUCGAUACAAAAACACAAGGUCUCGUUAAAGAUAAAUAUUUAUUUAAUUUUUUGUACUAGAAAAAUGA